AACAGACCACUUCACUUACACAAAGACAUUCUGUGGCGUAAUAAUAAGGUCGCUGUGCAAUGUUUAAAAUGAUUGAAAAGUCCACAGGGCCUGGACUUCUGCCUUUUGCAUUAUGCUGUAUUGCAAUUCCCAGAAUCUCUUCCGGGAUGUUUUGCGAAGUGUAUGGACUGGUGUAAGAACGCGGCAGAUAACCAUAUAUGCAAGGGUCUUCAUCAAGAAGAGAGAGCCGUGAACAGGCAUCUGUAGAAAAUCAAACUCUUGAUCUGACGGAAGAGUUCAAUGAAGACAAGUACAUUUUCUUGACAGUUCUUAUUGGUCGUAGAGAUGCAGCAUCCCGAUUUUGAAAGCAGACACCCCUUGCAAGCAGAUGAUCAAGAAACAGGCAUUGAUCCUCUACAAAAUUACAUUCAGAACAUAGACGGGGGAUCAGUCAACAGCAGAGGAACAAUAACCCCUUUCGAAUCUGAAGGUACAUGCAUCUCCUACAGAAAAGAAUGGGAAGAAUUAUUUUUAAACUGUAAUUACCUGGCUAGAAUCCGACAGAAAGGGCUCAGUGGGCAGCUGAGGAGCAGCAGGUACCGCAGUGUUUGCUGGAAGCUUUAUCUUGAUGCUCUUCCUGAAGACAAAAGCCAAUGGAUAAAUAAGACAGUGGAGUUGAGAGCCCAGUAUGAUAAGAUAAAACAAACUCAUAUAAUCAACCCUCGAAAAGCUGCUGGGAAGCAUGACUUGGUUGUGAACAAUCCACUAUCUCAGGAUGAAGGGAGCCUUUGGAACAAAUUCUUCCAAGAUAAAGAACUGAGGGGGAUGGUUCACCAAGACGUCAUGAGAACGUUUCCUGAAAUGCAGUAUUUCCAGCAAGAAAGUGUUCGAGACAUGCUUACAGACAUUCUGUUCUGUUAUGCUCGUGAAAAUGAACAGUUACUUUAUAAGCAGGGCAUGCAUGAACUGCUAGCUCCCAUUGUCUUCAUCCUACACUGUGACCACCAAGCCUUUAAACAUGCCAGUGAAACUGGAAACCCAAGUGAGGAAAUGAAAGCCCUUUUAAACCCAGACUUUCACGAACAUGAUGCCUAUGCAAUGUUCUCACAGAUUAUGGAAACUGCUGAACCAUGGUUUUCAAAUUUUGAGCGUGAAGUUCGAAGGGGAAGGGACGAGAUGAUAACAAGCAUACCCUUUGCCAGGCCACAAGACACAGGGCCCUCUGUUGCAAUUGUAACAAAAAUUAAUCGGAUUCAGGACCAGCUGCUGAAGAAACAUGACAUUGAACUCUACAUGCACCUAAACAGGCUAGAAAUAGCUCCACAGAUUUACGGAAUCCGCUGGGUCAGGCUGUUGUUCGGACGAGAGUUUCCUCUUCAGGACCUCCUGGUUGUCUGGGAUGCUUUGUUCGCAGACAGCAUCACCUUGGAUUUAGUCGACUACAUUUUUGUAGCCAUGCUGCUAUACAUCAGAGAUGCUUUGAUUGCUAGUAACUACCAGACCUGCCUAGGACUGCUCAUGCACUAUCCACCUAUUGGGGAUAUACACGCCCUCCUCUGCAAAGCCCUCUUCCUUCGGGAUCCAAAGAACAACCUUCGACCGGUGAACUACCAGUUUCAACAGAAUUUAGACUAUUACAAAACCCGUGGAGCAGACCUGAUGAAUAAAACUCGUGCCAGUGCCAAGGCUGCUCCACUCAACAUUAACAAGGUAUCGAGCAGUCUGCUGAAUUUUGGCCGGAAGCUGAUCGCCCCUGCUAUUUCAGCCAAUCCAAAUAGUGCAGUCCCUAUCAACAGUGACGUCAGUGCUGCUCCCCUAGCAGUAACAAGGUCCCUGACUGGAUCCUCCCAAAUACAGCAGGAGGAGCAGCAGCACCAGCAGACACAGCAGCACAGGCUGUUGAAGUCUGAAAGCAUGCCUGUGCAGCUCAGCAAAGAUGUAGUUACAGGUGGCGGUGCUCAGGUCUCUAUUCCUGUCCAGACUGUAACUGACAUCCAAGGCCAAGGUUCCAGGAAUGUCAGCUCAUCCCCCAGUGCUGAGAGUUUACCAGUCAGAAGGGAGCAUUCGGCAUCUCCACCUUUAUCUGUGACAAAGAAAGACUCCUUAUUCAACAUCUCACGCUCCCGCUCUCACAGCAAAACCAUGGGCAAAAAAGAAUCUGAGGAGGACCUGGAGGGCCAGAUCUCAUUUCUCCAAGGGCAGCUCAAUGACCUGGAAGCCAUGUCAAAGUACUGUGCUAAGAUGAUGAAUGUGCACAUCGGCAAAAUACAGGAUGUCAUUUUGCAGGAACAUUUGGAAAAGGAGGAUGAAGUUCUGGUCUCGCUAGCUGGACUUAAACAGAUAAAAGACAUUUUAAAAGGUUCCCUGCGUUUUAACCAGAGCCUGCUAGAGGCUGAGGAGAAUGAGGAGAUCACAAUCGCCGAUGAUCACUACUGCUCCAGCCGUCACAGUGGAGGAGGCAGACAUGGACACAAGCACACGGACAAGGAAGCCUUUCUCACUCUCAGACCACAACAGGCCAAUUCUGAGACAUCUCUGAACUCGGAGGGCAGAAAUUCAGACGAUUACAUUCUGGUAUCGCAAGAGGACGAUGUGGAACAGGAACAGCGUGAGAAGCCAGACGGUGCUGUCUGUAAUCUGGAGGAUCCACAUUUCCCUAAGGGGCACAAGGUGACCCUGAAACCUGAAAGAGAGGCCCUUCAUACUGCUGUUUGCUCUGACCCACUGAUGGGGACCACUUCAGGCUCUUCCAGCAUGUCUGGUUCCAGCCCUGAGGAUGACAGCAGUAAUAGCAAGGACACUGACUUCACUAUAGUCAACCCAAUAGACCUCUGAGCCUCUGCAAUCUGAAACAAACGAGCACUUUUGCAGAUGCAUUAAUGCUCUGAAUCAUCUUGUUAGCCUUUUCUGUUUCUUAUUUCUCUUCUCAGCAUGUUACUAUUGUCCAUCUGUCAGCAUCAAACUGCUUUGCUUCAUCGUCCUGGAGGACAGCAAACAAUACAUAUUUAUCCCUAAUUUGAUUUUAUUUACCUUCAUGCGAGUUUUUAGCUAUUAAAGUCUACUAUUUGCUGACUACAUUUUCAGGGUCGUACGUAAGUAAAUGUUUAAUAAAAGUAAAUACUUGUGAAUGUACAGCAGUAUACAACAUCCACCCUCAUAGCACUUGUGUGCAGGUACCCUCUGUAAUCAGGACUUGUGUGUAUUGGUCUCUUACCUUCUUGUACACAUUGACCAAAUGGCCUUUCUACACCUAUUGACCAAAUCACAGGCCAACCAGAUUACUGUCCAUAUUGAAAACAUUGUAGCUCAAACACAGGCCGCCUUCAUGAACAUGUUCUUAGAGCCUAUUUCACUGUACUGUGUACAUUCAGUCCAGGAGUUUUGUGUUGUAGGCUAGAUGUAGCUCAUAGUUGUCAGCCAGUUGACUCCUGCUUGCCUGAGGCUGAAAUUAGAACUAUAUAGUAAUUAAAUGUU